AGGAAACCCUACUUCCUAUUGUCUAGAUAAGUUUUUCGGGGUGGGCUAAAACAUAUCUAUAAAUAUAAGUCGCCAGCUCCACGUUGGGAAUUCUUGGAGAUGUGGGGGGAGGGGGGAGCCUGGAAGGGCAGGGUGGGGAGGGGAGGAGCCUCAGUGGGUAUAAUUCCAUAGAGGUCGCCCUCCCACGCAGUCAUUUUCUGCAAGGGAACUGGUCUCUGCCGCCUGGUGAGCAGUUGUAAUUCCGGGAGGUCCUUUGCCACCACCGGAAGGUUGGCAACCCGUAAUGCAGUUGACGCUCCCACCCACUCCUCGAGGGUGCUUUUUGUUGGAGAAAAGGCGGAAGGGGCGAACCCGAGCAGCCUGAUAGGUGGAAACCGAGCCAAUGGGGAGGAGGCGCGGAAUGCGAAAGAGCCUGUUGAGACCCGAAUCGGCCUGAGGGAAUUGCCAGCCGUUAUGAGGCGGCUGAGUAGGCCGCAAAGCCCGGGCUCUUUCCUGGAGCCGCCGUCUCAAUGGUGCCUCAGCCCCGUCCGCCAGGGAGGCCCCGACCGGGUCGCGCCUACGCCCAGCCUCCUCUACCGCAGCGGCUUCGCCCAGGAGUGCGAGGCCGUCGUGGUCCAGCUGAGCAGCGCCGCCACGGGGAUUCGGCCGCGGUGCGCCUUCACCGUUCAGGAGGAGACGCUGACCCCGCUGGAGCCCUCCUGCUCUUUCUUAGACAGCCCCGAUGGCGCUUCGCGGCCUGGCCCCGAGGCUGCCUCCGACGGCCUUAGCCCGCCCGAGCCCUUCGUCACAGCGCCGAGCAUCGAGCAGCAGAGCCUAACGGGGACUUCCCCGGGCCUGAUCGGAGGACCGUCGGGGCCUGAAUGGAAGGAGGACGCACCGCCGCCUAGAAGGGCCAACGCCACAUUUGAAUGCGACAGUGCCGGUGGCUCUGCCAACGCCACCUACGUCUGUUCCCGGUCGCCCUCGCCUGAGGGGAAAGUGACGCCGGUAGACGCAGCGCCCACCCAGUCUGCCCUCGGUGUUUGUAAGCAGGAGCUGCCCUUUAUCACGUCGACCCCAUUGAUGGUGCCUCCUUCUUCAAAAGACGCACCUCCUACAGCUUUGUAUACACAAUGUCCUCCGAGAGCGGCAGGCUCUGGGUCAGACUCCACCUUUGGAUCCAGCUGUGGGAGCCUAUCCGCUGCUGUCAACCAUGGGGCUGACCAGUUACCUCCUGUCUCCAGGAAGGCCCCCCUCGCCAAAAGAAACCUGUUGCAAGGUGUCCCUCGAGUCCUGAGACCUCGAGGGGCUCCGGGCAUAGGAGCCCUUCCUAAAGGCACUGGUACAACAAAGAAAAUCCUGCAGCCAGCUGGUGGAAAUCGCUUGCAGAACAUGGUCACUCUGCCAACCAGAUCAGGAUCAGCUGUGCAGAGCCAGCCUGUUGCCCAGAAACUCUUACCUGAUGAGAAGACAGAUUUGACAAAACUGCCCUGCAACAAGAAGCCCCAGAUUUCCAUCCAUCCUCCUUCCAAACUUGCUGAUAGAUCUGGAGUUCAAGGGUACCUAGCGUGUCUGGGUAUGAAGCUUCAUGGAGCAUCAAGAUAUGAUAAUGCUUCAGGAACAAGACUUCCAGUUCCAGCAGGCAACAAGAUAACAGCUAAUACAGCCAAUCAAAAGCGGCCUUGGGAGAAACCAUCUGACAAAGCUACUGCAUCCCCCUUGGAACAACCAUUUCCUAAGCGAUCCCGAAUAUGCAAAAGUCAGAAAGAGAAGCCCACAUGCAGUGAUCUGCUGGCUGUUGGACAAAUCUCAAGUGCUGCUCUGGAGAAUAAGCUUACUGCACCUUGCUCACAGUGUCAACGGCUAGCUGAAGAGAAUCAGCAGUUGAAAAGCAUGUUAGAGACAUGUCGAAAGACUAUUGCCUUCCUGGAAGGAAAGCAAUCGGUGUUAGAAAAUGAAAACUGUCCUCCUCAGCAACUAGAUGAAGAACAUUGUCAAACUGUGCAAAUGAGAUUUCUUAAAUGAAGAGUAUCGAUGGAUAUUUGCUAAUGGACAAAGCAUAUCUGGCUAUAUAUUAAGAGUUAAUAAAUUCAAUAAAAUGAA